AUGAAGAUCUUUGUUUGUCUGGCUAUUAUCCUGGCUGUGGCCUCAGCGGCUCCACAGUUUGGUGGCAACGUGAACGCCAACGCCAAUGCUAAUGCUGAAAGUGAAGGCCAAGGCAACUUCGGCGGUCCUGGAUUUGGAGGUAACGGUGGCGGAUUCGGAGGUCCCGGCGGAUUUGGAGGUAACGGUGGCGGAUUUGGAGGACCUAACCGAGGUGGUCCUGGAGGUUUCAAUCAAGGCGGUCGUCCAGGUGGUCCAGGAUUCGGCGGUGAAGGCGGAUUCGGUGGUCCAGGAGGAUUCGGUGGUCCAGGAGGACAAGGAGGAUUCAACGGUCAAGGAGGAUUCGGUGGCGAGUCCAAUGCCAAUGCUAAUGCCAAUGCCGUUGCCAAGGGUAAUGGAUUCGGUGGUGGCAAUGCCAAUGCUAAUGCCAACGCUAAUGCCGAGAGCAAUGGCUUCGGUGGCGCUAACGCUAACGCUAAUGCCAAUGCAAAUGCUGAAUCUUUCGGCAAAUAG